UAUGGUCGAGUGGGCGGAGCCAGGAGCAAGAUGGCCGCGCUCGCAGCUGCCCCGGAGCCGCAAGCUUCCGGGGGUCCCCGGCCGCCAGUGUGUCUGUUGGUGUUGGGAAUGGCGGGGUCUGGGAAAACCACCUUUGUACAGAGGCUCACAGGAUAUCUGCAUAGUCAGGGGUGUCCACCUUAUGUGAUCAACCUGGACCCAGCUGUGCAUGAAGUUCCCUUUCCUGCCAAUAUUGAUAUUCGUGACACUGUGAAGUAUAAAGAAGUCAUGAAACAGUAUGGACUUGGACCCAAUGGUGGCAUAGUGACCUCACUCAAUCUCUUUGCUACCAGAUUUGAUCAGGUGAUGAAAUUUAUUGAGAAGGCCCAGAACAUGUCUAAGUAUGUCUUGAUUGACACACCUGGACAGAUUGAGGUAUUCACCUGGUCAGCUUCUGGGACAAUCAUCACUGAGGCCCUGGCAUCCUCGUUUCCAACGAUUGUCAUUUAUGUAAUGGACACAUCUCGAAGUAUCAACCCAGUGACCUUCAUGUCCAAUAUGCUCUAUGCCUGCAGCAUCUUGUACAAAACCAAGCUGCCUUUUAUUGUGGUCAUGAAUAAAACUGACAUCAUUGAUCACAGCUUUGCAGUGGAAUGGAUGCAGGAUUUUGAGGCUUUCCAAGAUGCCUUGAAUCAAGAGACUACAUACGUCAGUAACCUGACUCGUUCAAUGAGCCUGGUGUUAGAUGAGUUUUACAGCUCCCUCAGGGUGGUGGGUGUGUCUGCUGUUCUGGGUACAGGCUUAGAUGAACUCUUCGUGCAAGUUGCCAGUGCCACAGAAGAAUAUGAAAGAGAGUAUCGUCCUGAAUAUGAACGUCUGAAGAAAUCGCUGGCCAGUGCACAGAGCCAGCAGCAGAAAGAACAACUGGAACGACUUCGGAAAGAUAUGGGCUCUAUAGCCUUGGACACCGGGACUGCCACAGGCAGCUUAUCUCCUGUGCUGGACCCUUCUGACUUGAUCCUGACUCGGGGAACCUUGGAUGAAGAGGAUGAGGAAGCAGACAGUGAUACUGAAGAUAUUGACCACAGAGUUACGGAGGAAAGCCGUGAAGAGCCAGCAUUCCAGAAUUUUAUGCAAGAAUCAAUGGCACAGUACUGGAAGAGAAACAACAAAUAGUUUCUAAAGUCCAAAAUUUUGGAACUCUGUGUGAAGGGACUAUCCUUAUCUCUGAUUGGGGGCUACUAUAAAGGACAAUUUUGUUCAGGAUAGCAGUUUCUCUUAUUAGUGAAAUCUCCUGACUCAGAUGAAGCCAGGCAUAGAAUACAUUUGGACCUGGCAGGUAGAUGCUGAUUCCCCUUGGCAUUUUCCUUGGAUUUAUGCAAGGAAGGAUAUUCUGUUUUUGGAUGCUGAUAUCCCUUCAAGUCUAAAACUGCAAGUUUUAUCAUUUGAAUGCACAUACUUUUGCUGCUGAUGGACAGAACAGAGAGAGAACUUAGUAGGCUGGAUCUGUAGCCUCUACUUCUCCAGCAUCUUGCCUUUGAACCUGUACCACGAGUUCCCCUCCUUUUAGCAGAAAGAGAGAGGGGAAACAGGAGCUUGUCCAGAGUGGCAGUGGAGGAGUCUUCUUGGCAACCAAUCAAUCUUGGUAUGAAAUGUGCCUCACACUGGGUAGCUCAUUGUAGAACACCAGGUUCAUUGAAGAAAGUGGGCAAAAUAUUGUUAACAAGUAAGAAUUCUACUUUAGAGGGUGACUUGGAUAAAGAGUUUUUAAUCUUAACUUUGUUGUAAGCCUGCUUGUCAUAAUUUCAAAUACGAAAAUUAUCACAAAUAGUCACUGCAGUUCAGAAGAGAGGUUUAAAGCCACAUGAUGUUUACUGAAGUUCCAUGUACAUACCACACCUAGUAACCAGGUACAAAGCCAGGCCCUGUUUGUUUUGUACUUUAACUUAAUGCAGUGUAUCCUUAGUGAUUUACUCAAAGGCCACGGAUUUGGGUCAGUUGCACAUUCCAUAUAUAACAGCCCUGGUAAGGGUUUGCUUUGCCUCCACAUUCUUCACAGUAUCUUAAAACAUUAUACAUUUCUCUUAAGGAAUUUUAUUCCUGCCUAACCUGUAUUCCAGAUCACUGGUUCUCAAAGUGUGGUCUCUGGACCAGAAGCAGCAGCAGCAUCUGGGAAGUUACUAAAAAUGGGACAUUCAAGACCUAAAUCAGAAACUGGGGGGGGGGGGGGGAGGCGGCGUGGGGCCAAGUAGUCCGUUUUACUAAAAGGCCUCCAGGGGAUUCUGAUGCAUGCUAAGUUCAGAACAAUAUUCUAACUCAAACAGCCUAUGACGUAAUUCUAGGCCAGGUGAAUAUCAGAUAUCAAUGUGCUUAUGACCUGCUUUAUCACAGUACCCCUACCUUGACCAUCUGGUGCCUAUUCUCUAACAUUCUAAAAAUAAAAGUGUUUUGUUUUACAUGAA